UAGGCGACGCGGUCUUCAGUAGCUUCCGGGUGACGGGGCCUGCUUCCGGGAGCGCGGCGGUGGGGCGGGUGGCACCAUGAGCACCAUGUUCGCUGAUACCCUUCUCAUCGUAUUCAUUUCCGUCUGUACCGCGCUGCUGGCCGAGGGUAUAACCUGGGUGCUGGUAUACCGAACAGACAAAUACAAGAGAUUAAAGGCUGAAGUGGAAAAACAGAGCAAAAAAUUGGAAAAGAAGAAAGAAACGAUAACUGAGUCAGCAGGCCGACAGCAGAAAAAGAAAAUAGAGAGACAAGAGGAGAAACUGAAGAAUAACAACAGAGACUUGUCAAUGGUUCGGAUGAAAUCCAUGUUUGCCAUUGGCUUUUGCUUCACUGCCUUGAUGGGGAUGUUUAACUCUAUAUUUGAUGGCCGAGUGGUGGCAAAGCUUCCUUUUAUCCCCCUCUCAUACAUCCAGGGCCUGUCCCACCGCAACCUUCUGGGUGAGGAUUACACUGACUGCUCCUUCAUCUUCCUCUACAUUCUCUGCACAAUGUCUAUCAGGCAGAACAUCCAGAAGAUGCUCGGCCUUGCUCCUUCCCGGGCUGCCACCAAGCAAGCAGGGGGCUUCCUUGGCCCCCCACCUCAGGCAGGGAAGUUCUCCUAAAGCACAAUUACAGCCUCUGCUGCAGGUCUGCCAGCCGCACAAGACUGCCUUCGGGAGUAAAACAACGGGUUUCUACACCAGGCUUCCUGUGGCCAAAACCAGCCUAUGCAGUAUUUACCAGUCUUGGAAACAUCUUGCGUUUGAAGUAUUCCAACAGCAGUUGCCUGUUCAUCAAAUCAAGAAAGUUCUCAGAAGAUAACUUGACCUUUUGUUUCUGAAAAAUAAAUGGCUCGGGCAUGUUGAUUUA